AUGGCGCUUGACCUUGCAAAGCGCGGCGCAAAGGUCGUGAUAACAUACACGUCGGCGUCCUCCGAACACCAGGCGACGGAGCUCACGUCCCGAAUCAACGACCACCUCCCCAACUCGUCUCGAGCGACGAGCGUCCGCGCCGACAUGGGCGACACGGCGUCCCCUCGCCGCAUCGUCGAGACGUGCGUGUCGACGUUCGGCCCCCGGAUCCACAUACUGGUCAACAACGCCGGGGUGUCCGUGACCAGGCCCCUCUCCGAGCUCACCCUCCAGGACUACGAGCGCGUGUACGGCGUCAACGUGCGCGGCGCGGUGCUGCUCACGCAGGCGGUGCUCCCCUACCUCGCGCCGCGCGGGCGCGUGGUGAACGUCUCGAGCGUCGGGGCGCGCGCCGGGUUCGCGGGCCUGAGCCUGUACGCGAGCUCCAAGGCCGCGGUCGAAGGGCUGACCAGGUCGUGGGCGGCCGAGCUGGGCGCGAACGGCACCACGGUGAACGCCGUGGCCCCGGGCCCCGUGAGGAGCGAGCUGCUGGACACCAUCCCCCGCGAGAUCGUGCAGAUGCAGAUGGACAGCACCCCCGUGGAGAGGAGGGUCGGCGUGCCGCCCGAGGUGAGCAGCGUCGUCGCUUGGCUGUGUGGCGACGAGGCCGCCUGGGUGAGCGGCCAGGUCAUCAACGUCAGCGGGGGAUGGAGUAUGUAUUGA